GGCCAUCAGUUCGCUGUCACAUCAGCUGAUCCAGUGUCCCAAUGGCUGACCAAUCCAUCCAAACAGUUGUGGUUCAGCUCAAGUCAGAAUCGGGCGAAUCAUUCGGCACUCCGUUCGACAUUCCUCUGGAUAUCAAUGGAGACAAACUUCAACUCAUAUGCAAUGCAUUGCUGGACAACGAGCGACACAUUCCGUACCUAUUCUUCGCGAAUGACAUCCAAAUAACCGAUAGUUUGCGGCAAACGAUUGACACGAACCGCAAACUCUUCGAUACGGAGCGCUGUCUGGACAUCGUGUGCGCCCCUCAGGCCGUGUUUCACGUGCGGGCGGUCUCGCGGUGCAGCUCAUCCAUCACCGGCCACUCCGACGCUGUGGUGUCCGUACAGUUCAGUCCCGACGGCUCCCAAUUGGCGUCGGGUUCGGGCGACACGACUGUCAGGUUUUGGGACGUCGACACCGAAACACCCAAAUUUACGGCCACUUCACACAAACACUGGGUUCUGUCCAUCGCGUGGUCACCGAAUGGCCAACGACUCGCCUCAGCCGAUAAGAACGGAACCAUUUAUAUCUGGGAUCCAAAGACUGGCAAUCAAUUGGGAAACGCUCUGUUGGCUCACAAACAGUGGGUCAACUCAAUGGCUUGGGAACCGUUUCACAGUAACACCGAAUGCCGUCGUCUGGCGAGCGCUUCCAAAGACUGUUCGGUGAGAAUAUGGGAUACAGUGCUCCAGAAGGUUGACUUCACGAUCAAUGGUCAUCUCCAAAGUGUUACUUGUGUCAAAUGGGGCGGAACUGGUCUUAUAUACACAGCAUCUCAAGACAGGACUGUCAAAGUGUGGAGAAGUGAUACCGGUGUACUCUGUCGUACACUUGAAGGUCACGCUCAUUGGGUCAACACAUUAGCGCUGUCCACUGAUUACGCCAUACGGACAGCCGUUUUCGAUCCGGCCUUU